AUCACGUGACGCCGCAGCACCACCCGCAACAUGGCGGCGGCGGAAGCGGAGGGCGCCGAUCCCUCCCCGAGGCGGGAAGUGAGGUUCGCGGAGCCACCCUCGCCGCGCCGAGGCGGCAGCUUCGGUCCCACGCGGGGCCCAGAGGAGCCCGCGGGCGGCCGGGGCCGGUGGCGGCACGGCGAGGCGGGCACGAUGGUGGGGGGCAGCGACGGGCAGGUGCCGCCGGACGCCACCGAGCUGAAGCGCAGGCGGAAGAGCCCGCGGUUGGCGGCGGCGGCGCAGGAGGCCGAGGCGGCGGAAGAGCCCGAGCCCGCAGGGGCGCUGCAGGGAGAUGAAGUUGACUUCGGGAGGCCAGACCCCUUGGCGAGACCCCCGAUCCGGGCGUUCAGAGCCACAGGCAGUUCUUCAAUUUCUUUUCUUCAAGAGAGUCCAAUAAAGGAAAAAGCAAAGGUUUAUGACAGUAAUGAACCUGAGAAGCCAGCAGGGCAUCAACCAAACAAUUAUACCCCGUUAAAAGAAAGAAAGGCUGACUUCCCUGAGAAAACUCGAGAGCAACACUCAACAACAUCACAGAGCAGAAGUAGAAUUCAAGAUCGGUCCAGUGUGGGGAAGCAGUCACAGUCUUUGGCCAAAAACCAUGGGGAAUCACAGGGUGGGUCUUAUAAGAUCUGGACUUUGGUAGUGUUUCUGGUGGCUAUUGUAUCGGUUUGUAUCUGCUGGAGGAGUGGAAUAACAAGUCUUCUGGAUGCAACUUUGUCAAGCAGAGACACUCAGAUUCUGCAAGCGUUUCGGGCCCGGAUGAAGAAACUAGAAAAUACUUACCAAAGUCAGGAUGACAGUCUGUGGAACAAAACUCAGAAGUUCCUUGAGAAACAUCUUAAUGACUCCCAUCUGCGUGCCAAGCCGACCAUCCUACUGUUCACAGCUGGCCAAGAAGCAGAGAAAGCACUGAGGUGCGUAAGUAACGAGAUUGCUGAUGCUUUUGCCCUCUCCCAAAAUGCUACUACAAUCAAAAUUAAUGGGGCAGACAAAGCCAUACUGGAUAGUGACAUUGUCAAACUGGAGGUAGACGAUGAGCUCAGCUCUGGGUUUACAGCAGGCAAGAAGGUAGCAGUGGUGCAUCGAUUUGAGUUACUGCCUGCCAGCUCCACCUUGAUCUUCUACAAGUACUGUGACCAUGAAAAUGCAGCAUUUAAGGAUGUGGCUCUCCUGCUGACAGUUCUCCUGGAUGAGUCGCUGACAAAGAGCCUCACCUCACAAGAAGUUGAGGAGAAAGUCCGGGAUUUCCUCUGGGCAAAGUUUACCAGUUCAGAUGUUCCUGGUUCUUAUAAUAGCAUGGACACGGAUAAGCUGAGUGGACUGUGGAGCCGUAUAUCUCAUCUUGUGUUGCCUGUUUGGCCUGAAAAAGGUCUCCCUGUAGAGGGAUGCACAUAAAAGUUACUGGAGAGGAUUUGGGAAGGGAGGAAGACAGAAAAUGUACGUUGCAAUGUCUGAACAGGGAAGAACUCUCUGCAGCUCCUGAGCUUCGGCACCAUACAGUCUUUUCUGUGCAAAGAAAUUCUGCCAGCUGGCAGGGUUGUUUCUGCUAGAGCAACUGGGACUUCUCUAAAUCAGCUGCAGAAUGUACACAAGGAACUUGCUAGUUGUUGGUAAGUUCAAUGACUCAUUCAGGCUUGGUGUCCUGGACCUGGAAGUAAGCGUCUACUAGUGCAGAAUGACUCAUGACUCAUGCUUCUGAAGCUGUCUUGGUGCACUAUUGGCUUUGAGGUCCUGUUCUGGACCAGCAUAAAGCUGGUAUCGUGUAUGCAAAGACAUCACCACCUUCAUCUGCCGGAAUUGCUUACUUUUCUUCUAAUAUAAAAAAAAACCAUAAAGUGAAAAUGAUGAUAAAGCAAUGCGAGUCUAAGCACAAGUUUUUUCUUGAUCCAUUUGAUCACAACAUAGAUGUCAGCUGUCUCUGGCAGCUUCUAGAAAUGGCAAAAUUGCUUGAAAGAUUUGUGAUUUGCAGAGAACCUUUCAGUAGGCAUUUGUUUCAUAAAUGAGCCUGCCCCAAACAGUUUUGGCUGAGGUAUGAAGGAUUGCUUGAUGUUAGUAGCACUGAUGUCAGUUAAAUAAUCCCUCAGCACCUCUCUGCCUUGCUGCUUCCAGGAAUUCUCUGCUCAUUGUCUUAAAAUUUGGGGGAAAUUACAAGAUGUCAGCUGUGUGGGUGUACUAAAGACUUGUUGCAUCUUCUUUCCUAUCAAAAGUUGAGAAAGACAUAGGUUAUUUCUCUUUUUAAUAAGAUGAUUAUUUUUGCAUCAAGAGAGUUUAUUUAUUUGUGGUACUUGGUAUCCUAGAAAAAUAACCUUUCUUUGUGUGUUUGCGUAUACCCUGCUGCUUGCUGUAUAAGCUUCUAGUGAAGAACAGAUUGGCAAUGCAUGUUUUUAAAAAACAUUCUUUUAGUGUCUCAUGCAGAAAAUUCCUCACACCAGACUAAAAACAUGUACUUGUUUCUGUUGUAAGUAUUUUGUCUAAAACAUAAGAGAACUGCAGCACUUCCAUGCCAUGGCUGUUAGCGUCUGCUCUUGAGCUAUUGGUCCCUGUCCGUUUCAUUUUAUUGACUAUAAAGGAAUGUGUGAAGACUGCUCUCAAAUUAAUAGGAUGUUUUCCUGUAACAGCUGAGAGAUUAGUGGCUCUUGGGCCCAUCCUUUGUGCACAAGCCCCUUGAGCUGUCCUGUUGCAAAGAGUCCUUAACCAGGAAAACCUCUUGCACUGCUGGAUCUUCUGGCUUCUUUCUGCAAGUUAAGGUUUGAGGUGUUACAGGGAACAGACCAAAAUCACCCUAAGCAUGUGAAAGAACAGUUUGAGAGAGACAGAGCUGUGAUCACUUAAACCAGAGGUGUAUUUAUUGUAACCGCUCAGAGUCAGCAAUGGAGAGUGCUUUAUUUUAAUAGGAAGAAAUAUAAACAGUAAGAAGACAUGGAAGUGCUGCCAUUCUGGAUAUUUAACAAUAGCUUAGGAAGGAAAAGAUGGCAUUUACUUUUUGGACAUUUCACUGGACAAAUGGUUUUUAACAAAAAACAACUGUGACUUAUUUCUGAGUGUCCUGGUAGCCUAUCUGUUUGUAUAUUAUGUAAACUAUUUUAGUAAUCAUUAAAAAUAAAUUUACUUGUUUGGUUUAUAAGCUGUUUUAAGAUUUGCUCAUUGAAUUUUAAGCGGUCAAACUUUUCUUUUUACAUGUUUAAGAUUUGUUCCUUUUACUUUUGACCUAAUAAAGAUGCAUAAAAUACA